AUGACAAAGACGGGUCACCCCAACUUUUAUACAUCAGAGUUAAUUACUAAUCCGAGUGGAACCGAACAAAUAGUUGGAUCUAUUCCACAAACCCAGCAUUUACAACACACAACCACUACAAACGAACCUACUACAGAAGUUCCACAGAAUUACCAGCAAUAUUCCACCAUGCUUCGUACGGCAAAGCCUAAAACGUUAUUUACAGAGCAAGGCUAUUAUUCAUUACAACAAGGCCAUCCAAUACCUCAAAAUGGAGAAUAUUACGCAAACCCCGAAUUACAAAAUGGCAUGGGAAAUAACAUUAGUCCAUCCUUUCCAAUGACUUCGAUAACAACACCCGAAUCACAAAAUGGAUUUUUACAACAACAAUAUCAGAAACAACAGAAGCAACAACAGGCAUAUCAGCCACAUGACCCCUACCUGAAUUCAAUGUAUGGUGGAAUGUCCAAUGGCAAGCAGUUUUUAAGCAGGACAAGAAAUAGAAGCACCCCCGUUUGCUCAACUCUAGGGAACCAACAGCAGAAUUCAGAUAAUAAUAAUCAACAGCUAGCGUUGCCAGGAGGACCUGUGGCACCAGCCGGACCAACGUUAUAUAAUAGUAACAGCGCACCAAUGUUGUAUACUCAACAGCCACAAAUGCAAAUGUCGUAUUCCCCAGCCGGCAAUGCAACUAAUACGUCAUCUGGAAACCAAAUAUAUUCACUCCAAGGACCACAUACUUUAUUGAACCUUCCGGUGAGAAAUAGUAUUCUGGUACCUGGAACACAACCAAAUGGCACAAGAGCGUCUUCUAGAAGUCUGCAUUCUAGAAGCAAUUCGAAAGAUAAUGGUCAACCUGGUGAAUAUCCCGACGUGGUUAGACCGAAAAUUGCCACUACCUUUUGGGAAUCUGAAAAUACUAUUUGCUAUCAAGUAAGAUCUAGAGGAUUUUUGGUAUCUAGAAGAGAAGAUACCAAUUAUGUUAAUGGUACGAAGUUAUUAAACGUGAUUGGUAUGACUCGGGGAAAGCGUGAUGGUAUACUUAAAACAGAAAAGACAAAGAUUGUUGUCAAAGUUGGGUCCAUGAAUCUCAAAGGUGUAUGGAUACCCUUUGAUCGUGCCUACGAAAUAGCUAGAAAUGAAGGAGUUGAUGGGUUAUUGUAUCCAUUGUUUGUGAAGGAUCUCAAAUCAUAUUACAUGAAGGAGGGCCAUAAAUUAAAGAGCGAAGAUAAUGAAGAUGAAGAUGGCCAUUCUUCAGCAGGUUCAAAGUUGAUGAAUCUGGAUAAUCCAAUUGAACAUAUGACAGAUAGCACAGCUAAACCUAAUAUGUUUAGAGACGAAUAUUACGAUCGAUCGGUAAAGGAAGAAGAAUUAUCAUACUAUGGAACAGCCCAGAAUAACACUCCUAUGAAUAAACCUCGGUAAGCGGACAUUAAUACCCAGGUAUGUAGAUUAUUUAUAGUU